AUGCCCCGUAGUAUUGUCCCGCAUAAGUCGGGAUUGCAUAGAUCAACAUGUUUGUCUCUAUACCGAGCGCUCCUUCGAGAAUGCGGGCGGCUGCCCACGACAGCACGAUGCCAUGACCCCAACAGCCCAGCCAGGAUAUUCCAGUCGCUAGUGCGAUACCGGUUUGAAAAGGACAGGGCCAUCCUGUCCCCGACGCAGAUAUGCCAUGGCAUCGAAGCUGGCAGUAGAUUUCUCGACCUUCUGCGCUCUUGUAACGAUAACUCGACCGAGGCGCUCACUCGUUUAUGCCAGAUCGUCGAGUCGGUCACGUUAGAAGCGGAACACACAGCGCUAUUCCGCAAGAAACUCGCCUCGUUUUGGAAGCCACCGCCUCCCCACCGGGCAAAAUAUCUUGAGAACAUCAAAAAGAUCAAAGACAAGGCCAACCAAACGUCGACGCCCUCGCACCCCCGCAUCUUCGAACACCCACGGCCUUUGUCCGAAGUCAAAGCGGGAGUUCGCAAGGUCCCAAACCUCAUCGUCACGCAGGGGAUACCUGUGCUGAAAUACCCCGGUCCACAGCCUGUGCUGCUCAACCGAGUGAUCAAGCAGCGGACCAAAUGGGGCGUCAAGAUGUUUCAGCAACACAAGACAAUGGAAAAUGGCGCGCACCUCGCCCACCAUGAAGAUGACUGGGACGCAAUACUGUACCGCCAUCAUAAAAUCUCAUAUCCGGAGGACAGGACGCCUAGUGGUGGCACUACAGGUGUUGACCGUCCCUCCACCGCAGCGCCAGGCGGAACUUGGGCGUCGACGUUUCGCCAAGUCGACCAAGAGCUGGAGCAAAAAGUCCAAGAGCGUGGAAGGAAGAACGCCGAGCUUGGAAGAAGACUAUGGCAGAUCGUGCUCGACGAAAGGGAGCUCAAGGAGAAGGAGAGGAAGGAAGCUAAGCAUCAACGUCGCAUGGCGAGGAAAAGUGCUGCGGCCGGGCUGCCGACCAUCAAUCCAGACGGCCCCGGGAAUGAUGAAUCAAGCACGACAUAUGUCAGGUAG